AUGGAGUCAGAGUCCGAUGCAACUGUUUCGCCUGAUGAGGAUGGGUUCAUGCCCCAUGUUGAGAUGAUUUUCAAGGGUCGUAAGAAGAUUGACUCGGAUAUUGAGGAGGCAGAGGAUGUAGAACAGCCAUUCCAGGAGAUGCCAGAAAUAGGACCAGAGGGAGACUAUCAGGAACCUCUCCAUUUCGUUUCCCGCGAGGAAUGGGGUGCUCUGCCUCCGAAGGACCCAAUCCCUAAUGACAAGUUCCCACUGAAGUACGUGGUGUACACCAUGAGCACGAGGCGACAUACGUGCUUGGCUAGAGCCGACUGUAUCGGAGUGUUGCAAAGACUACAGAAGAAACACAUGAACGAGGGAAUGUCAGACAUCGCUUACAAUUUCAAUAAAAGAAUCAUCACCUAA